CAUCGAGCCGAAAGAUGUCGGCUGGUUGAAGAGAGAGCACCAAAUAUAACGUUCGAUUUUUUUUUCGUUGUCAUGUGAAUAUCAAAGCCUUCCCUCAAAACGCUCAAAAUCCAACUUUAGACCCUCGUCGACGUUAGUGCAAAGUCAUCAAGCCAUUUUGACAACACGCAGCAUCAAAAAUUAAGAGCUAUCUGCCAUUUCCUGGCCCAACACUCUGUUCGGUGGAUCAUUUUAUUUAAGAUUUUUUAUGUGUACGAGCGAGUGCAGUGGGAUGUGAUAGCGCGCGGCUUUCUCGCGCAAUCGUGCUCCAGAUAACCGGCCCAUUGAGAGGGCCUUAUGUCAAGAUUGUCAAGCCAGUGAUUGCGGUUUAGCCGUGUGGUGUGGUGAGGUGAGGUGAGGCAAGGUGGGACAACAUGAAGAAGCUCUUCUCUAAAAUUGACAACACCUCCAAGGAGACCAAUAGUUAUCUGGGAAAGGUAUUUGUCGUUGGAAGGCACACCGUAACCGUCGAGGAGGUCCUUGCUGAAGGUGGAUUUGCCAUAGUAUUUUUGGUGAAAUCAUCCAGUGGGCGAUAUGCCCUCAAACGUAUGUACGUCAAUAAUGAACAUGAUCUCAAUGUUUGUAAGAGAGAAAUACAGAUUGCAAGUAACUUGAGCGGGCACAAAAAUAUUAUAGGAUAUGUAGAUAGUAGUAUUACUCAUACAGGAGGUGGAGUACAUGAACUCCUCCUCCUCAUGCCCUAUUGCAAGUGUCAUGUACUCCAGAUGAUGAAUAAUAGGUUACAAGCUGGCUUCAGUGAAUCCGAAGUUCUCCAAAUAUUUUGUGAUGUGUGCGAAGCCGUAUCGCGAUUGCAUCACUGUCAAACGCCAAUAAUUCACAGGGACCUGAAGGUGGAGAAUAUUCUCCUUGCUGACUCUGGACACUACGUCCUAUGCGAUUUUGGAUCAGCGACUGGUAAAGUACUCAACCCAAGUAUUCAAGGUGCAGCUGGUGUGGAGGAGGAGAUUAAAAAGUACACGACACUGAGUUACAGAGCCCCCGAGAUGGUGGACAUGUACUCUGGAAAGUCUAUUACGACGAAAGCUGAUAUUUGGGCACUUGGGUGUUUAUUGUACAAACUCUGCUUCUUUACGUUGCCUUUUGGUGAAAGUACCCUGGCUAUUCAAUCUGGAAACUUCACUAUUCCAGAUAAUUCCAGAUAUUCUAAAGGCCUCCAUAACCUCAUCCGCUACAUGCUGGAGCCAGAUCCAGACAUUCGCCCUGACAUUUACCAAGUGUCAGCAAUUGCCUUUCAGAUCCAGGGAAAGGAUAAUCCAGUGCAGAAUCUCUUCAAAGUGCCGAUUUUAACCCUGGACGCCCUGCCAUGUGCCACAAUUGAGUCGGAGAGUGUAAAACGCUCGUCAUCAGUGAAAAUUUCCAAGCCCUCGACGGUUUCCUUGGUGGAAGGGACUUCGGUGACUCCACGACAGCGACCAAAGGGCCAAGGUGUGGCCCCAGGACCCAUCAGCUUAAGUGGCCAGAUUGUUUCCCAGAUAUCAGGCCAGGGCAAUCAGAAUUCAUCGUCCUUCCAGGCUGCACCACCCCAGGCCCUUCAAUUCGCCCAGGUGCCACCUCACAUUCCCUCACCCAAUACAAAUCCACCAUUUCUCCCUGGGCAGAGCCAGAGUCCGCUUAUUGGACAUUCACCACUGACACUCCAAUCACCAGUAACUGUGCAGGAUAAAAAUUCAUUUUAUUUCGAGGGGAGACAGAUGGAGGCCAGGGCAAGCAAUGUUGGAUUACCUGAGGAAAACCUGGAGGCACUGUUUCCCCCCUCGAGUUAUCCAGAUCCAUUCAAAGAUGACCUUAAGUCUAUGCCACCUCCUGCCAAAAUUCCUCCACCUAUUGCGCCAAAACCUGGAUCCAGUAAGACUAUACCCAAGCUCACCACACCCACCAAUUCUACACCCAAAUUUCCACCUUCUGCUGGAGCUACUGGCAAGCUGGCGACUCCCACUGGGUGUAAAGGAGCUGUUAUUAUUGGAAAACCUGGGGGUAAGUCGGAAAGCUUGAGUCAGAACAUCAGUGCUAAUACGUCACCCCCUGAGAGCCCUACUCUCGGGAACAGACAUCGUAGGAACGUCAGUGAUACCAGUGCUUUUAAUAAAGUCUUCGCUAAUGAAACAUCACAGUUUCUAGCCCCCUAUGACGCUUCUGUGAGGCCUCACACUGGGGAAAGUACUCCCCCAGAAGUGAAACCCGACGGAAGACCUAUAAUUGGUGCAAGUGCCUCGCAUGUACGUGUUGGUGAACUUUCCAGUGUCUCGGGGGUUGAGGGGCGUUCACUCAGUGCAGAUGUAGCUGCUUGGAAUCCCUUCGAGGACACCCAACCAUUCAAUCAAUUGACAGAGGAUCAUAUAUUUGGUGCUGAGUUUGAUAAAAUAAGGAGAGGUAGUAACAGCAGCAUCGGGGGUGUUAAGAGUCGCGAGAGUCUCGUUAUGACAUACUCGGAAUUACCUGAAGACCCAUUUGAAUCUGCUCCUUUCACGUUGCCUGCGGGCAAAAAAUCAAAGCUUGGAUCUAAGACGACUGCAAUAGCUGGAGGGCCGAAUCGUGUGAAGAUCUCGGUCCACUGGAGUCCAUCAACAGAUCCAGCAGCACCUCUGGACGAUGAGUCAAGCCUCCUGGUGGACUCGACCCCAGUAUCUCCUCCAUUCGUGAAAAUUCCCUCAGAAGACCGUUCAAAAUAUGAAAAACUGGCUUUCAACGCUGAGGACCUCUCAAGUGACAGUUCGAGUUCGACAAGACGUUCGAACCGCCAUAAGAAGAAGCGACGACGAGUCAAAGGGGUUCUAAAUCGACGAAGAAAUCCCUCGAAUCCAGAUCCAGAGCCAGAUCCAGAGCCAGAGCCAGAGCCAGAGCCAGAGCCAGAGCCAGAGCCAGAGCCGGACCCAGAAUCCGACGACUCAAUCGGUUCGGCAAGUGAUUUAAAAGCCAUGAACGACGACAACGAACCCCCGGAGGAGCCCUCCAAGAUCGAUGAAACCAUUUCUGAGAGUGUGAGAACUUGUGGCUCAUCGGCUUACCACGCUGAAUGUGAAUCUGUGGCAACUCACGAAGACGACCACCGGGUGAGAAAAGUCAGGCGACACCACAGGAAUGAUCACUCCCUUCCAACAAUCAAAGCUGAUCCAGUAGUCGGCCAUCAAUACGGUGAAAAGCCUCUCCUCCUGGAUGAUGAGCUUGACCCUGAGUCAAAGCCUGAACAGACGCAUGCCGAUCCCUUCGUCAGCCAUCAGUAUAAUUCGAAACCCAAACUCUUCAGGGACAGCUCAUCCGAAGAAAUUGAGGAGAUCAAUCCCCUGGGGAAUGGCAUCUUCAAAGAAGAUGAUGUCUUUGCAAUGGCUCCAUUUCCCAGGCCUUCUAGCUCCAGAAAAAGCAGCUGGAGCAGAGACAGUGGGAAUAAACUCUCGGGCGGUCCAUCUGAAACUUCUCCAAAAUCUGGAACUCUUAUUACGGCUAUUUCGACCAGCUCCCCAAUUUUAUCUGGAAACCUCGUGGACAUUGGAAACGAGCCCACCUGUCCUCCCAGACCCCCCAAAAUCGAGGCUAAUAGGAAUAAUUAUGAGAAUGUGGAUUUUAUUGGAUCUAUGUGCGCCGAGAAUAAGGAGAUCAAGGAUUUAUUUGGCUCUUCCCCCUUCUCUGCAGGAUUCAUGAAUCCCUUCAGCAAGAAAGGCUUCCCAGAGAAAGAGCCCCCAGUGUACGAGAACUUUGACCCAGCGACUUUUUUGCCACAAAAUCCAUCGACGAGCACAUCGACUCUCUCCUCCGUUAUCUCCUCUUCAAAAUUCGGUGCAGUAGCAGUGAAUGCCAAGUCGUCAUCAGCUAAUCGGGACGACUCCCCCAAGGAUUUAUUCGGUUCAAUUCCCUUCGACGACUUCACCAGUCUCAGCGUAAACAGUUUGCAGAGACCAACAUCUCUGCCCCUCUCCCAGUCUCCAACUUUUGACGACGGAGGACUGAGCUCUACAUUGCCCUCAACAGCACUGUCAAGUCACUCAGUUCAACAUGGGGGUAUAAGUCUUUACCAGCAGGUGCCCCAAACUUACGUCAUUCAGCCAAUAGCCACCAGGAGCAUUCACACGGCUAGAAUUAUCGUUAAUGCGACUAAUUCAGUGGCCUCAGACCUCACUCAGGACAGCCCAAUGUCCCCUGAGCCCCUCGUCGCUGAUGACUCCCCUAAAUUCAAGAAGGAGAAGUUCGUGAAGAGCGAGAAGGUAAAGUACCACCUAAUCAAUGAAAACAGGAAUGACAUGAUCAAUGUUCUACCUGUCAAAGGAUCAGGGAAGCACAAGGGUGGGGUCUAUAAAAAAGUCAAAGGGAAAAAAUCCGGUGGAGUCACUGGGGGAUUCAGUAAUAUGAGUUUCGAGGAUUUUCCCAGUGAUGACAAUGAUGAUCGGGGGGCUGGCAACAGGGUUGCACCCUUCGAGGUAUUCAGGGAUGGGGAAAAACGAUUUGGAUCACUUAAACGACGAAGCAACCCCUUCACUUGAGAGAUGAUGGUGAAACAUGGGAGAGAGUCAUUUUAUAAUACGUUACCGGAAAAAUGCAGCAAUUUUUUGUAUCACGGUGCACUUGAAUUAAGUUAAUUAUUUCAAUGGAAUGAGUCAAGUACAUUUAAUGAAUACCAAGUCGUGCAACUUGGCAGCUAAUACCAAAAAAAAAAAAAAAAA